AUGGAACGAGCAUGUGACCUUCUUUUUGGAGUCUCAAUAUAUGCUGAGCCAAACAAGAGUGGAAUCAUUGAUCUUGCUUGUUCUGCUAUGAAUGAGUUAUCAAAGAUAGCUGUUGCAGGGGAACCUUUAUGGCAACCUCAGAAAGAAAAUAGGUACGAGACUCUAAAUGAUAUUGAAUACUUGAGACAAUUUGGUCAGGUUGAUACAACGCUAAGGGAGAUUAUGAAGUUGAUUGAGGUUGAACCUCAACAUUUACCAAGCUUUGGCUCAUAUCAAACUGAGCAUCCAACAUCAAAUGCACCUCCGAGAGAAACUCUACAAAUUGAAGCUUCACGUGAUAUGGCAUAUAUUAACACAAGUCCAAUCAACAUUGUUGAAUUCCUUAUGGAUGUGAAUCAAUGGUCGGGAGCAUUUUACAACAUUGUCUCAAGAACAACGAUCCUAGGAACCUUUUCAGAUGGAGAGGAAGGAACCUAUGAUGGCAAAGUGCACGUUAUGAACGCAGAACUUCAUUUGCCUACUCCCCUUGUUCCGACUCGGGAGUGUUAUUUUGCCAGGUACUGCAAACAAUUGUCUCAUGAGAAUUGGGUGGUCGUUGAUGUCUCAUUGGAGAAGUUUUUUCCUUCUCCAUCAACCAAUUUUAGAAGAAGGCCCUCAGGCUGUUUGAUUACGGGAAUGCCUAAUGGAUACUCUAAGGUUAUAUGGGUGGAGCAUGUGGAAGCAGACCAUAGCCAAUUGAAUAAUCAUUUUCAGCAUCUAGUCACUUCUGGUUUAGCUUUUGGUGCAACGCGUUGGCUUGCUUCCAUAAUUCGGCACAGUGAAUGGUUAGAAACUCUGAAUGCAACAACACUUUUUGCAGAUGAUGGAGUUCAUAUCCCUCAAGCUGGGAGGACAAGUUUCUUGAAUCUGGCGUAUAGAAUGAUGAGAAGCUUUUGUGCUGAUAUCAGUGCUUCCACAUGCAAUCCAUGGAAGCAAUUAAGAGGUCCAUUUCCUGAUUCUACAGAUGUGAGAGUCAUUUUAAAGAAUAACAUGGAGGAUGCUGCUGCUGCGAAGCCUCGUGGUACAACGGUGGUUUUCGCUACUUCUCUUCGGCUUGAAGUCCCCCCAAAUCGACUAUUCAACUUCCUUCGUCGCGAGAAUUCCAGAAGCAAGUGGGAUUUGCUUUCACGGGAACUUUCUAUUCGAGAAUUCGCAUACAUGACUAAGGGCAAAAAUCCAGGGAAUCGUGUUUCCUUGAUGCGAGCAAAUACUUCUGAGGACAAGAUUGAAAUCUUUUAUCUGCAAGAGAGUUGCACAGAUUCAACAGGUUCCUACGUAAUUUAUGCUCCACUAGACGGGUUUGCUCUGUCAGAACUUGCAAAUGGAUGCAACCCAGACAAUGUAAUUGUUCUUCCAUCAGGGUUUGCUAUCCUUCCAGCUGAAGGGUUGCAAGGAGAAGAUAGUGGCACUGAAAGUCUUCUAACUGUGGCAUUCCAUAUCAUGGAAAAUUCCACCAGUAGGCCUAUACCUCCUGAAUCAAUUGAAACCAUCCACAAAAUUAUAACGGAAACUGUUACCUCUAUAAAGGAUGCAGUGCAGUAUCAUAAUCUACUCAACAAUUGGAUAGAAGAUUGA